GACUGAGACUGAUCCACAAAUCACAGAAUACUUUGAAUCCAAAAUUGACGAGAUGCCGCGUGUAUACACGUUCGCGCAGACGGUCGAGAAUGUUCGGAAUAACUCGGAACUUCUCGCGAAGAGAGGCAUUGAUUCCGGAUUUGCCAAAGCAGCAGAUCGGCAUUGCCAAAUAUCUAUAAAUUUACUUAUUCUCGGUCAAGAACUUAAGGACCAUUUGACUCGUAGACCUCAGCAAACACAUUUACCGAGAGAACUUCGUAGUGUCAUUUUUCGGACUUCCGGAACAAGAGCCUGCCGCAAAUCCAGAGCCACAACGAGGAAAAAAGAAGGGAAGGUGUAAAAUA